AAUUUACCAGCGCACGUUAGGACUUCCGUUUGUCUAUUGAUGUCGUUUGUGUGUGUUAUUUAUUUAAUUGUAUGUACAAAUUGCUGAUUAUUGCACACAAAACACACGGACUCUGUUACUAAAAUGUAACGAGUCACUGAAACCAUUAGCAUAUUGCAGACACGAAUAUCAAUAUUGUAGGACGCGUCGCGGACGAAGUUGUCCUUUGUUUUGCCAGCCUGCAGUGCAAGCAAGCUAGCUAAACUAGCUAGCUACGUUAGUUAGCAUCUCUAAACAGUGUUCUUUCUUGGAAAAUCUGAAUCAGAUCAGCAACUUCAAAAAGCAAAAUGACUUCAGCCUCAACGAAGGUUGGAGAGAUCUUCUCAGCAGCAGGAGCAGCUUUCACCAAGCUGGGUGAGCUCACCAUGCAGCUGCACCCCGUCUCUGACUCCAGCCCUGCAGGAGCUAAAUGGACGGACACUGAGAUUGAGCAGCUGAGAUCGGCCGUGGUGAGAUUUGGUGAUGACCUGAACUCUCUCAGCUCUGUCAUCAAGGAGCGCACUGUGGCUCAGAUUAAAACUACAGUCAAGAGGAAGCUUUAUGACGAGAGUGGAAUGCCCAUCUCCACCGACUCCCCAAAGAAGACCGUGAAGAAGACCGCUGUCACCACGGCUACCACAACUGUCAUCGCUGUGCCAACUGCUCAGGUCGUCGUGCCGGCAGGUCUCCAGGGCAACGUGACCGUGGCUCCUCCCGCUAUGAAGAAACAGAAGACCUCAGCAGACGUGACCCUGAGUGCUCUGAAUGACUCUGAUGUGAACUCUGACCUGGUGGACAUAGAGGGACUGGGAGAGGGAUCCAACUCCAAGAAACUCAACUUCGAUCAGGACAACCUGAACCUCGACUCCGGCCUCAUCAUGAACUCAAGUGACCUGCCGCUCCUCUCUCGUUGACCUCACCUUUGACCUUUCAGAAGGUCUCUGGUUGCAUCCCAAAUGGCAACCUAUUUCCUACAUAGUGCACCACUUUUGACUAGAGCCCAUUGUACCCUGGUCAAAUGCAGUGCACUAAAUAGGGUGCAAUUUGAGCAGCCCAGGCAUCUCUCUUAUAGACAACAGCUGAGAUCCUUCAGAAGAGUUGCUUUGGCAGAUCUCUAUGGGUGUGUCUGAAAAGACACCCUAUUCCCUAUUUAGUGCACUGCUAUUGGCCAGAAAUAAUAUUCCAGAUGCAAAUUUCUCUUUGCAUGAGGAAUGUGUUGGUGAAUGUAAAUAAUGUUGUUGUUUUUUUGUACCAUGCAAAAAGCCACUGUUCAGUGAGUCUGUGGCCCAGGCAGAUACGAGUGGCCAAGGACUGUAGAUGGCCACACUCUUAGUUUAUGGCUAUACAUUAACUAUGACGUUGGUACCCCAUCGUCAAAAAUAUUCCUUUAUGUAGGCAGCCCUGCGAAGGCCCCUUUGACAGUGCCACAACUGCAAACCGUUGUAUACCGGACCAUUGAGUUAUUCAUGAAACCCACCACUAAAGACAACUAUUUGAAAAUCAUACUGGAUAAUGUCGCUAUGGACUCAGAAUCGUAUCAAAGUAUAGGAAUUGGUUACAAAUUCUGAGUUUAGUGUACAGUAUUUUCCUUUCUGUAUGACACUGUGGCAAAUAACAUAAUUUUUCAAAACAUGACCCACCUUCAUCCUUCAGUUUCUUCCCCUAAAAAUAUUUGUAUAGGAGGCCUCUCUCUAAAGACAGUGAUGAUAAAAUGACCUGUGUGAUUUGCUGAAUUAUGGUGAAUAAAAGUUGAAUUUAAUACAACUAAUGUAGUUGGCAGUAAUAUUCUUAAUAAUCAGGAAUCUUUAUUAAAAUAAAAUGUUUUACAAUUGAAUAUACUGGUGGAUACAGUAAUAAAAUGGUUGUGAAACUAUCUCUGUCCAUUUACACUCCCACACAAUAUACCCUAUUUUUUUUCUAAAGCAAUGAAUCAAAUUAACACCAACCCUCAAAUGAGGGAGAGCCAAAAUAUGAUGCAAAAAAAAAAAAAAAGACCACCA